AUGAUGAACAGAUCGGAGACUUGGGCAGCACCAUCAACGGUGAUGGAGAAGCUUGAUCGCACGGAACGAAAGCUGCUUAGACGGCUACUUGGCUACUUUUGGCCUAGGGUAUGCCACAAUGAAGAUCUUUACGCAGAAAUUGAUGUGGUAUACCGGCGGAUGACACGUGGAAGACAUCAACAUGUUGCACCGCCAUCGAAAGUGGCUAAAGUAAAUCGUCAUCGAUUUAGGACACCGGCAGAUCGCCUUGUUCAAUGA